UCAAAUCCUCCGCACUUGUUCGACUCUGCCUCCGCCCUGCGCUUCUCACCGACGCAGAACACUGAUGACAACGAAGUAACUGAUAAGCUUAGCACAUUUAAGCGUAAAAACCAAAGCUAUUAGAUUACAAAGGAAGAUGUUUCGAAUGAGGGAACCGUUUGAGAGCGAGAAGCUCCAACUGCAGGAGCUCAACCAGAGACUCAGUCAGUACCUAAUGCGCGCAAAACAGUUGGAACAAGAAAACACCAGCUUGAUAACCGAAAUAAAUUCGAUUAGAAAAACCAAGUCUGGAGAAUGGGAAAACAAACACAUGUCCGAGCUACGGGAAAUGAGGAGACUGGUGGAGCGUUUAUCUUUCGAGAAAAGCAGAGCAGAGAUGGAGCGACAAAAGCUGCGCAGUGAACUUCAGAUGCUUCAAACGAUGCGUUCAGAAGAGGCUUCGGUGAGCAAAGGCAUCGACACGGAGCUGAAAGGCUGUGAGAAGCAACUCCAUAAUGCUCUUAAGACCAACUGUGCUUUGGAAGAUCGCCUCUUUGAGCUCGAAAACGAAUAUAAGUUUUUGGAAGAUGCCCACAGACAGGAAAUCGCCCACCUGAGGGACCAGGUGCACUCCCGAAGUGUACGCGUUGUGACUCAAACGUAUCACGCACCUCCAGCGGUUACGAUGGAAGAGGUGCAGGAGUAUGCGGCCAACUUCACUGAAAACUGGCACGGGACUUUGGACAUGUACCGCCUGAAGGUACAAGAAAUCGAAGAGUCGAUAAAAGCAGACCAAGCGAGGCUGGAGGACAUUCAGAGGGAAAAGAAGGAGUACGCUUCACAGUUCAAGAAGCUGCGUGACGAAAUUGAGAAACAAACACAAGUGCAGGUGAACCUCGAGGAACAGCUCAUGAACAUGCAAGAAAAUUUCCGAGAUGAAAUCUGCAGGUAUCAGGCUAUUAUUGAAGAACUGGAGUAUGAGCGCAGAAUGUUGUCCGGCACCAUCUCAGAGAAGCUGAAGGACCAUCAGGAUCUCUUACAGGUCAAGAUGGGCCUUGCUCUGGAAGUGGCUGCAUACAGGGCACUCUUGGAAGAAGAAGGAAGACAUGCUCAAACGUGGUCUAAUCAGCAAUCAAGAGAAAGAAUUAUAGAUAUAAAAAUGCCAGCCCAUCCUUACACUCCAAGAGUGUCUGUCAAUUCGGCAAGUCGACCAGACUUAAGAAAAAAAGCCUUCACAGGAUAUGAUGUUAAAUAUAUGGAACCUAUCUCCAGCAUGAGAACCUCAUCUACAUCAAGUCAGUUUCAUUCUUACGAACCCUCCAGGAUCGUGCCUAUCAGUGUAUCAAAUCGUGCCCACCAAAGUCCUGCUUCAAGAAGGGACAUGAUUUCUUUCACCAAAGCAGCGCAGGCAGCUGCGUCCAGUACCCCGAAACCUGGAGUCUCUUCUGUUGAGAUAAAAAGAGAAGAGACAGAUCAAAGAAUUAUGAGAAAAGAGAUUUCACAGCACUCUUCAAAAAGCUCAGUUGAUCAUCCGCCCUCUAGAAUUGAAAGUACACCAAGCCCUACAGCCUCAAAAAUAGACAAACCAAUGCCAGUGAAAGUGGUAUCACCUCCUGUGAUCUUGAGCAAGACCACCACUGAAGAAAGCAGUCAGAAAGAUGUUGAACCAAAAGCAAAGGAGAUGGAUGCCAAACAAGAUAAAGAAAAAUCCAAGCCAACAAUGGCUGAAGAAAGAACGGAUGUGAAAGAAUCAAUAGCUAAAGAUGAGAAAGAGUCUGAAAAUGUAGGCCAUAAGGUGUUUGUAGGUGAGGAGAAAGUAUUAGAUGCAGUUUCUAUGGAUGAAAUCAUUCAGCAGGUCAUGAAACCAGCUGGUUUAGAUGCUAAAGUCAUCUCAUCCCCUGAUUCCAAAGUCACAUAUCAUGUGGAGAAAACAGAGCAAGAGGAUGGAAGCACCAAGACUCAGAUUGUCUUGCAAUCUAAAAUUGAGGAAGAAGUAGAUCUGUCUGAAGAUUCUGCCCUGGAGGAACUUCUCAGCAAGGAAGUCAAGAAAGUCACCCUGGAGAACAUCAAAGGAACCCCAACAGGAACCAUGAUCGAGAACCUGCUGAGUCUUGGCCUGCAAGGUGAGAGUUUGGAAAACAGGCUAGUGAAUGUGGAGAUAAUUGAGGAACCAGUGGAGUCUGAUGAGGAAGGGGAAAUUGAAAUAGAGGAGACUGUGGAGAUUAAGUCUGAACAACCAAAUAUCGAUUCCUCAUCAAAGUUUUUCCAAAUCGAAGAGCUAGAGAAUGAUCCUAACAAAAUGAAACCCAAUGAGAGUGAUAAACAACCAAAUAUCGAUCCCUCAUCAAAGUUCUUCCAAAUCGAGGAGCUAGAGAGUGACCCGAAGACCAUGAAACCCAAUGAGAGUGGUAAACAACCAAAUAUCGAUCCCUCAUCAAAGUUCUUCCAAAUCGAGGAGCUAGAGAGUGACCCGAAGACCAUGAAACCCAAUGAGAGUGAUAAACAACCAAAUAUCGAUCCCUCAUCAAAGUUCUUCCAAAUCGAGGAGCUAGAGAGUGAAUCUAAGACCAUGAAACCCAAUGAGGGUGGUUCUGCUGAAGCCUCACAGUAUGGAAACAAUGGCUCUGUGCAGGUUCAGGAAGUUACCAGAGAUGAGAGCUUACCCUACUUCUCGCAUGGCCAAGACUCACAAGAGUACUUCGUCUCCACUCCUGAGGACAAUAUGUCAGAGUCUGAGGAGGGUGGGAGGUUUAUGUCUUAUAGCCAUUAUGGAGUCGUCGAUGAUCUGUCUGAUGAAAGAUAUUACCAGGAAGAUGACAUCAAACAGCCCACUGCUGAAGGUCACAGUUACAGAGAUUCACCUGAAUACGACCACUCGUUUUUGAGAGACAAUAUCCAAGACUGCAUAAUUGAAGAGGAGGUGCAUGUUUCUCCCACUCUGCAACAGUCCAUAGUAGGGAUCCUGAAGGAAGAGUCACUAGAUCCCGAACAGCAGCUUAGAGGGGCAUUAGAGCAAAUCCAAGACACUGUAUCCGAAGCUAUCAAGGAAGAACUUGCAUUUUUUACGAAAGGUAGAGAGACUCCAGAAAAUGUCUCUGUGGACAUUAAAAAGGUAGAACAAGUUACAGACAACGGAACCAUGACCAUUGUGGCAGAGCUUAACGUGUCCCAGACGUUGGAGGAGUCUGGGUUGCUGGAAGGAGAUGAUCCAUCUGAAGAGCAGAUAAUCGCAGCACUAAGCUCAUCCCACCCACAGCUCCAGCAGGCUAUCAGCGGAGGAGCAGCAGUAGGAUACACCAUGAAAAUUUCCAAAGAGGAGAUUCAAACGGAGGGAAUACCGUGGAUGACCACUGACGAAGAUGUCCAACAAUGGCACUUAACCGACGAGGUUAGCAAGUCAGAAAAACACAUCAAGCUGGGUCCUAGUGAGAAAUCAUUCACUUUUCAGAUGGACGUGAACAACGGCUCUUCUGCAUCAGCAAGCGGAGGAGCUGUCGAAGUGCAAAAAGGUGACAGUGCUACUGAGUUCCCACAGACCCAGAUGAUUGACCCACACUUAAAGGUCUGUCAUGAGAAAAGAAUCGCAACUGUUUAUCUUGAAAGCCCCAAAGAGUGAUACCAUAAAGAUGUAACAUUCAAAUUACACAAUGUAGCUCAAAAUAUCAUUUCAAUCACAAUUAGUUAUGAAUUGGACAAAUCAGGUGUUGUAAACCAUAAUCAGUGGUCCAUCAUGACUAGACAUUGUUGUUCAAAACUUUGGGGUCAGUUAAAGGGAUAGUUCACCCAAAAAUGAAAAUUCUGUCAAUAAUUACUCACUCUUACGUCGUUCCAAACCCGUUAGGCCUUUGUUCAUCUUCAAAAGACAAUUUAAGAUAUUUUUGUUGAAAUCCAAGAGCUUCUGACCCUGCAUAGACAGCAGUGCAACUGACUUGUUCAUGGCCCAGAAAGCUAGUAAGGACAUUGUUAAAAUAGUCCAUGUGACAUAAGUGCUUCAACCUUAAUUUUAUGAAGCUACGAAAACAUGCAAUGUGCAAAGAAAACAAAAAUAACAACUUAACAAAUACUUCUUUUCCCUGUUAGUCUUCAAUGCACGUUCACGACAUGACGCAUGUGUGGUACUGUUCUGAAAUCAUUCUUUUUACACAUUGCGUAUUCUUGUAGCUUCAUAAAAUUAAGGUUGAACCUGUCAGUUGCAUUGCUGUCUACAGAGGGUUAGAAAGCUCUCUGAUUUCAUCAAAAAUAUCUUAAUUUGUGCUCCAAAGAUUAGGUGCUACGAAGGUCUUAUGGGUUUGGAACAACAUGAAAGUUAGGGUUAGGGUUAGGUAACUAUCCCUUUAAAAAUAAAUUAUUACUUUUAUUCAAAAAUGUGCAUCAAAUUGAUCCAAAGUGACAGUAAAGACAUUUAUAGUGAUUUCUGUUUAAAAUACAUGAUUCUGAAGGAUCAUGUGACACCGAAGAUGGGAGUUACAUUUAUAAUAUGUUAAAAAUAUACUUAAAUAGUCAUUUGAAAUUGAAAUAUUAUUUCACAAUAUUACAUUUUACUGUAAUUGUGAUCAAAUAAAUGCAGCAUAAACAAAUGCUUUUAAACACUGCAAAAUCUUACUGACCCCAAAUUUGAAACAGCAGUGUAUUAGUGUUAAAGCUAAAGCUAAUCACUUCAGUACUCUGUUUUUUUUAGAUCUUUAGUAUUUUUUUAUCAACUAUCUUGACAUUUUGUUUUACUUCAUUUUCAUAUAUUGCAGCUUUAACUAAGUACAGAAUAAAGUGAAAUACUGUAUUUCCUUUUCAACUUUCAAGUAGCAAAUCUUUUAAAAAUAUACGUUGUUGAGAAGCAUUUUUUAUAGUAUCGUACUUUGCUUCAACUUUCCACGGUAUUGCAGUAAGCAAAAGCAGAGUAGUGCUCACUUUAAUUGCACAUUUUUUAGUGAUUUAUUCAAAACUUCUUUUCACAGUAGCAGAUAGUUUCAGUAACAAACUACAGUCAGUUUCUAGCUCUACUGAAGGCGAAAAGCACUAGACUGUCCUUCCUGUCUCCCAGAGAUCUCUUAAUCCUUAAAUGACAUUAGACGAGAGAGGACUAAUCUAGCAAUCCUGCUCUUCCAGGACAACACAUUUUUCAUUGCUCUGGUACUGUACAGAGACACUGAGAAAGGGAGGAGUUUGAGCUUAGAAAUCUCACAUUAAAAAUAAGUGCUAGCCAGCUUACACAGAAGUGUGUAAGUGCUUCCAGAAUAGCUAUUCGGUGCCAUUAAGUCUGUGUCACAACCUAUUACGCAGAAUGAGGAUUCAGCUUCACUGAAGGAGGGUUGUCUAAUGAGAGUCUAUUUUUAGGAUUCAUACUCUGCCAUUGACACCUCCAGGUAGAAGUGUAACAGCUUUAGUCUGAAGAUUUAAAGUGUAAGCAUGUGCAUUUUCCUCUAUUUUUCUAUUUUAACAGAUAACUACGUUAAUGUCAUCAGAUGCUGCAGUGGUGACUGUCUUGUGCCUAUUAACAUUGAUGGGGAUAAAAAAACAAGAAUGUAAUCUUGAAUGAGAAAGCAUGUAACGUCAUUUCAACUUAACUUAGUCUUUAAUAUUAGUUCUGUAUUGAUAUCAUUAAUAACCAUUUAUAUACAUCCCUUGAGAUGAUGUUUCAGCACCUGCUCUUUUUCAUCUGAUUGGUUUGGGAUUGCAGAUUACAGAUUUAUUUUUGCUAAAUGAGAAUUCACAAAAGGGCUGUUGUGUGUUCUGUUGUACUAUUAAGAAAAAGACUAGUCUGCUCACUGUCUGAACAUUGGUUUACAUGCAAACACAAUAAACAAACCCUUACAAAGUU